ACAGCACAGCAGGACCGUUUUGCCAAUCGUUUAUUCUUCUUCUUCACAUCUCUCUCGCUCUUUCUCUGCACUCAACAAAGGGUUCACCGUAAGUGCGCAACUCCACCUGUCACAGGUUCGCAGGGUGAUAUCUAUCAGAUUCAUUAGGUUUGUGGUUAACCCUUGAGAAAGCAUGACAACAGCAGCUAGACCCACAUGGGCACCAGCAAAAGGUGGGCAAGAACAAGGUGGCACCCGAAUUUUUGGCCCCUCCCAGAAAUACUCUUCGAGGGAUAUUGCAUCUCACACGACAUUAAAACCCAGACGAGAAGGACAAGAUACCCAGGAGGAAUUAGAGAAAAGAGAUCUAAGGGAGGAGCUGGAAGAUCGUGAGCGUAGGCAUUUUUCAUCGAAGGAUAAGGGUUAUCACGAUGACAGAGAUCGAAGAAGAGGCUCAGGCCAUUAUCUAGAAGGGGUAAAGAGAGACACUGAAGACCGUAUUGUUCCGCGUAAUAUAGACGCUGAUGAUACUGAUGAAGAUAGUGACAAGGAAAGUGAUGAUGAUGAUGAUGAUGACGAGGAUGACACUGAAGCUCUUAUGGCUGAGCUUGAACGCAUAAAGAAAGAAAGAAACGAAGAGAGGCUUCGCAAGGAGCGACUAGAACAGGAAGAAGAACUGAAGCUAAAGGAGGCAGAACUUAUCCGUGGUAACCCCCUGCUCAAUAAUGCUGCAUCAUUUACUGUUAAAAGAAGGUGGGAUGAUGAUGUUGUUUUCAAGAACCAGACUCGUGGUGAAGCUAAAACACCCAAGCGUUUCAUCAACGACACAAUCCGAAAUGACUUCCAUCGAAAAUUCUUGCACAAGUAUAUGAAGUAAGUUUGGCUUAAGCAAGUUAGAGGGGGCUGAUCAGGAAGUGAAGAAAUGGUAGCAAAAUCUUGUAUGGAUUAGAUAAAUAGUGGAACCAACUCUUGUUUGGCCAAACUCUGCUGGGACUAUCUUUUUUCUUUUUUCUUUUUUAUAUGUACAUGAUAUCUGCAAAUCAGUUUCAAGAAUUAAUUCUUAAAAUUAAUUACUAUGGUAUCUGUUGAAUAUUGAUACUUUAAUGACUCAGCAGUAACAUUUACCUUUA